AUUUUCUUUUAGAUAUUCAUAGCAACAACUGACCUUAUCUAGUAACCUGCGGUUGCAUGUUUUUGUUAUUACCAACAUUAUUACUUUAGCAGUUCAACAACUGCUUUACUUCUCCCAAACCACUUCACAAAACAACUAAAGAUUCAAUUGUCUUAAUGGCAAAUUCUCUGUGUUUCACACCUUUAGCUUCAUUGAACUCUUUCAAUAAACCAGGUCUAAUUCAUGGGAACGGGAACAGCGGUGCAAGAAAGAUUCAAUGGAUCAAAGAUGUUAGCUACAGCUCCAAGAGUAACUUAAGUGUUGUGGAAGUGAAGGCCACUGACAGUGAUAAAGACACCAAAGUGAGGAGCAUCGUCUGUCAAAAUUGUGAUGGAAGUGGUGCAGUGGCGUGCUCACAAUGUAAAGGAACUGGGGUUAACUCGGUCGAUCAUUUCAACGGACGGUUUAAAGCCGGUGGACUAUGUUGGCUGUGCAG